UAGAAGAAGAAAAGCAGAAAUCUGUCUGCAGUCUGCUAGCUGUCACACGAAACCUGCUGUUUCCUUUAUCGGACGACAGCGCAGAGAAAGGUUUUGCUUCGCGUUAGCUUGACCUUUAAACGAGUUUAAUCAUGAAGAAAGAAGCAGUGCAGACGGCAGCCAAAGAGUUUGUGCAGUUCGUCAACAGAGGAGUGUCUCCAUAUCAUGUGGUUGAAGAAUGUCGGCGGCGUCUGUUGGAGGCUGGAUUCAACGAGCUGAAGGAAACAGAGCAGUGGGACAUUAAGCCAGCCAGCAAGUACUUUGUGACCAGGAACUUCUCCAGCAUCAUCGCCUUUGCAGUGGGCGGGCGUUACCUGCCAGGAAACGGUUUCUCUAUGAUCGGAGCGCACACCGACAGCCCCUGCCUUAAGGUGAAGCCGAGGUCAAAGAGGACGAAGCAGGGCUGUUUGCAGGUUGGGGUGGAGUGCUACGGCGGCGGCAUCUGGAACACCUGGUUUGACCGAGACCUGACCAUCGCCGGCCGGGUCAUCGUCAAGAGCGGCGAGAAGCUCGUCCAGCGGCUCGUCCACGUUCCCAGGCCUCUGCUCAGGAUCCCUCACCUCGCCAUCCACCUGCAGCGAGAUGUCAACGACUCCUUCGGUCCAAAUAAGGAGAACCAUCUAGUUCCAAUCAUUGCCACCGCCGCUCAGGAGGAGCUGGAGGCGGGCUCUUCUUCAUCUGGAGACGCUUCCUCCGCCUCCAACACGGCAGAGAAGCACCACCCGGCGCUGGUGAAGGUUCUGUGUUCAGAACUCAAAGUCGAGCCCGAAGUUCUGCUGGACUUUGAGCUGUGUUUGGCCGACACGCAGCCGGCGGCGUUGGGAGGUGUGUUCGAAGAGUUCAUCUAUUCUCCUCGCCUGGACAACCUGCACAGCUGCUACUGCGCCCUGAAGGGCCUGAUUGAUUCGUGUGGCGGAGAAUCUCUGACCAAAGAUCCAAACGUCCGCAUGGUCACGCUGUACGACAACGAGGAGGUAGGAUCUGAGAGCGCUCAAGGAGCUCAGUCCAACCUGACGGAGAUGAUCCUCAGCCGCCUCUCCGCCUGCUCCUCCAACCUGACGGCCUUCCAGCAGGCGGUGCCGCGGUCCUUCAUGAUCAGUGCCGACAUGGCGCACGCCGUGCACCCCAACUACCAGGAGAAACAUGAGGAAAACCACCGCCCAGCUUUCCAUAAGGGUCCAGUCAUCAAGUUCAGCAGCAACCAGCGCUACGCCACCACGGCCGUCACUGCCGCCGUGGUCAGAGAGGUGGCCAGCCGGGUCGACGUGCCUCUGCAGGAUGUGAUGGUUCGUAACGACAGCCCCUGUGGGACCACCAUCGGACCCAUCCUGGCGGCUCGGCUUGGCGUUCCCGUGGUGGACAUCGGCGCUCCGCAGCUGUCCAUGCACUCCAUCAGGGAGAUGUGCUGCACCUCCAGUGUGCUGCAGAGCACCACCCUCUUCAAGGGUUUCUUUGAGUUGUUUCCAGCCAUCAGGAGCUCGCUGGUGGUCGACUGAUUUUCAUCACUACUCUGGAAAACGGAUUUAUUUAUGUUUGAAGAGACUGAACCUUCUUGUUUUAUCUGUGAACAAAAUAAAACAAUCAAGAUUUUUUUCAUAUGAGA